AUGGCGGCGCGGGUUUCAAUUUGGCGGGAAAGCAACGGGCGUCAUGGCCGAUGGCUGCCGGCUGAGCGAUGUGGUGAGCGGAUUCGGCGGCCUCAGCUUUGCCGGGAGAGAAGAAGAGGAGGAGGAGAACGACUCGAGAGGCAACGAGGUGGGGGGCAGCGAGGAGGAUGACGAGGAGGGAGCCUCGACGGUGUUCGGGCAGCUGGCGGAGUUGCCGGCAGAGCCGCCGGAUCGCAGGGCCACAUGUUCGCGAUGCGGGCGGCCCCAGAAGGUGUGUCUCUGUCCCUUCUUGCCGGCUCACCCCCUGGAGGUUUCCACGCGUCUCUAUAUUGUACAGCAUCCGGCCGAGGAAAGUCGCGUUCUGCGCACAGUGCCGCUGUUGGCGGCCUGCCUCUCCGCGCACGCCUGCACCGUGCUGGUUGGCCGCCGCUUCCCCGAGGACCGAUUCCCUGAGCUGGCACAGGUGUGUCGUAGCCCCAACACGCUGGUGCUGUACCCCGGGCCCGGUGCUGUCGACCUCUACGACCUUGUCGGCGCCUCCUCCUCCACCUGCGCUAGUGCUGCCCCUGAGAGUAGCGCCAUCCUCCUCGGCGCAGGAGAUGACUCUCCCGCCGCCGCCGCCAAGCCUGGAUGGGCAGAAGCGCUCGCUCCCUGCGGUGCCGUCGAUCCGACCCCCUUGGCAGAUGCCUCCCGCGUCCCGACCCCCGCCUCGGUGAACGGCGCUGUUCCCCUCUUCACGCUGGUGCUCAUCGACGGCACCUGGCGACAGGCCAAGGACAUGUUUGAGCGGAACCGCCUCCUGCACAUUCCGCGGCGGGUAAACCCAGCUGAAGUGGCACCGCCAACCGCUGCUCCUGUGGAGUUGCGGGAGAGCAGGGACAGCCAGUACGUGAUCCGCUCCCAGCCCCGCGGUUCGUGCCUCUCGACGCUGGAGUGUGCCGCCUUCGCCCUCGCCGCCCUCGAGCGUGACCCCAGCAUCCACGAGACGUUGCUACGACCGCUGCGGGGCCUCUGCUCGUUCCAGCUGGAGCACGGCGCCCGCGUGCACCACAGCAAGGAGCACCUCCUCCGCAGCGGCCUCUACGAGAAGCCGCUGCCCACCAACAAGCGCAAGCUCAAGCGCAUGCAGCAGCUGCUCUACUGAGGCGGAG